AUGAUAUUUUUAAUAUUGUUUUUAGGUGUAUGUUAUGAAGUGAUAGGAAAUGAAGUUUUAUUUGCUUCAUCAUUUACAACAAAUGAUUUUACAACAAAUGAAGGUGAUAUUAUUAAUUUAAAUUUUUAUAGGAUGGGUAUUUUAUUCAAGACGUCAUACUGAUUCUGGAAUAUCAGCAUUUGAGAAUUAAAAUUAUAUUGGUUUAAAUACUUUAUCAGGAGCAUAAUUUUAAGGUGAUGGGCUAAUAAAAUUUUUUUAUGAGUUACCACCUCAUUAUGCAGUUAGAAUAAAAGGAACAUUAUUAUUGUAUUUGAAUAAAAUAAUAAAAGUAAAAUAACUUGGUUUUUUGAAUAUAAUGAAGGAUAAAUAAUAGUUGAUGGUAAAGUAUCAAUGUUAAAGACCAUAAUUAAAUACAAAUAAUAAUUGAUACCUGAAUAGAUACAUUUGAAAAGCGAUUUUGAUAUUCUUGAGUAUCAUUAUACAACUACUAUUGUAAUUCAGGUAUAUUUUGGUUCGAGUUAUUUGAAUGAUGAUUCAACUCUAGGUUUUAGAGAUUUUUAAUUAUUUAUUUUAAAAUGUCCAAAUGGAUGUGAAUCUUGUGAUAAUGAAUUUGUUUGUAAUGAUUGGAAACUUCAAUAUAGAUCGUUAUAAAAAAUUCAAUUUAUGUAGUAUGAUACAGAGGGAUGGUCUAUGAGUUCAAAGUUCGAUAAUUUAGAUAAGAAUUCUUAUAUUUCUAUAGAGAGAUGUUAAAGUAAUAAAGAAAUUAGAUAAUUUAGAUUAAAAUAUUGACAUGAUGUUCUUUGGUCUUGGUAAACUUAAUUAAUAGAUAACUAAAAUGAUAGAGUUACCACUUCACUAUAAAGUGAAGAUAUCUUAUUUAUAAUUACUAUAUGAUAUUUUAUAUCGAUACAAUUAUAAUUGGAUGAUUGAAGUAGAUGGAUCAAUUAUAAUGACUAAAAAUUUUCAAUAAAAACUUAAACCACCUCAUAUCUGCAAUUAUGUAUAUGAUCCUUUAGAAUCUUCUGGAGAUUUGAUAUCAAAUAUAAAUUUUGAUUUAAGUCAUUAAAAAUAGUUUUUAAAUUUUGCUACAUAUCCAACUGAUUACAUAUUUAGUGAUUAAACUGUUAAAUGGGCAAUAAGAGAUUUUGAAAUUUAUAUUAAGAAAUGUCAUAAUUCAUGUAUUUAUGGAUGCAGAGGACCAAGUGCGUAAGAUUGUUAAGAUGAUAUUCUAUAUAAAUUAUUUUAAUUCUAUUCAACGUUUACAGAAACAACAUUUAUAUAUACAGAUGGUUGGCAAAUGAUUAAACCAAAUUAAUUGACAAGUAAAAGAUGUAUGGAAAGUAUUGUUUCAACUAAUACUAAUUUCUUUUAAGGAAAUAACUAUUUUUAAAAAGUAUAUUAUCUUACAUAAACACAUACUUAAAUUUCAAUAUCUUUUACAUUUUAUUAGAUUGAUAAAUUUACAGGUGAAAAACUAUUCAUACUUGUAGAUGAUAUAGAAGUGAAAUAAGUAUCAUUACUAGCUCUGACUAAUUUUGAUGGUCUUCCAUUAUGUAGUGUAGAUGAUGAUUACGAUACAAGAAUUAUUGUCAAUAUUACUAAUAUUGCACAUUCAUAAAAUACACUUAUUGUACAAAUAUAUACAAAUUAAAUAUCUACAGCUACUGGAUUCUGGGGAAUAAGAAACUUUGCAUUAACACUUGAUAAGAAAUUGUAUUCAUCUGAAUUUACCAAUUUGAAUCUAAUUAAUGAUGAUUGGAAAGAUUGGGUAUUCACUCCUUUAUCUUUUGAUCUAUCUCUAUGUUCUGCUAAAACAUUAUUUGGAGGAACUUCAUCAUUAGAUUAAACAUCUUCACUUCGAAAAAUUAUCAAAAAUAUACCAGAACAUUAAAAAAUUCAUAUUUACUUUAAAAUCUUUAUUAAAGCACCUGCAGAUCAACUUAUUUAACUUACUUUCUAUAUUGAUGGAUUACAAGUAUUUAAUAAAUAUCUUAAAACUUAAACUAUGUUAUUUUGUGAUGCAUCUACUAACAGCAACUUUUAUACUAUUGAAGAAAUCUAUCCACAUUUAAAUUCUUAAGUAUUCUUACAAAUCAUUACCGCCAAUUCUGAGAAUAUUGCUUACACUUGGGGAAUUAGAGACUUUAAAUUAAAUUAUUAUUCAAGAUACAUUUACUCUGGUUGA